AAGGCAUAUUUGCUUUUCCAACCAUAUAUAUAUUUGAAAUGCUUACAAACUAUAAUGUGACAUGGAACCUUAUAAAAAUAUAUAUACUGUAAAUAAGCAAACCUGGAGCCCGAGCCUUGACUACUAACAGCGUAAUCAACACUACAAUAAAAGAUCAUACCAUUCAAAAAAUUAAAUGUUAUUAUUUUAAAUUUAAUCGUUUUGUCACACUCGAAAAACAUAGAUUAGUACAUACAUACAUCACAAAAUACAUUAAACAAAAUGUCUUACCUCAAACUCAUAAAAUCUGAAUUACUCCGUGUGCAGGCUCUAACAUACACACUAACGAAUAGAAAAUACUUCCUUAAUUCUUAAAACAGUCGUAAUCUAUUAAAACAUUUUUACAGCAUAGUCUUGCAUGAUUUGAAAAUUAAUCGUUUAAAUCUCACAGAUCUUACCCAACUGAACCACUCCUACGCAUCCAUGUGUUCCAAAUUGAUAUAUGACAAUAUCUACUUUCGAUCACGUGUUACGGGGCGACUUAGACGGAUUGCGCGUCAUCUCGCCUUCCCAAAUUUUCUCCUUCUGCAGCUCGAAUCCAAAACAUCAUAUCUGUGGCACAGACUACAGGGGAAAGAUGUUUAACUCGGUAAAUCUGGGCAACUUCUGCUCCCAGACGCGUAAAGACCGGACGUCCGAGUUUGGGGACAGGACAGGCUGUGCCUCUAACAUCUACCUCCCCAGCUGCACCUACUACGUUCCAGAAUUUUCCGCCGUCUCUUCGUUCCUUCCACAGGGCCCCUCUCGGCAAAUCACAUACCCCUAUUCCACAAAUCUAUCUCAAGUGCAACCGGUGCGAGAUGUUUCUUAUGGUCUCGACCCGUCCAGCAAAUGGCACCACAGAACCAACUAUGCAUCUUGCUACUCUGGAGAAGACUUGGUGCAUAGAGACGGUCUUCCGUCAUCCACCAUGACAGAAAUGCUCAUGAAAAACGAGAGUGUGUACAGCCACCACCACAACCAGCAUCAUCCGAACUAUAACCACCCCUCUACCGGUUUCUACGCCGGCGUAGGGAAAAAUAACGUUCUUCCUCAAGGUUUUGACCGCUUUUUUGAAACCGCGUAUUCUAGCACGGACAGUCAGUCAGAUCAUUGUUUACAAAAGAGCGAGAUAGACAAAUUAGAGACUUCAACCCAGCAACCCGCAACUGUUUCUGCAGGGCAGGAGCCAGAAAGGGACCCAGAAGCUGAGGAGGAAAAUACAAAUUCGGGCUCAUGUACUUCAGCAGCAACUAAGGAUGGGAACGCGAGCAAGAGCAGCCACUCGAGUACCCCGCGCACAAGAAAGAAGAGGUGUCCAUACUCCAAGUUUCAGAUUCGAGAACUGGAGCGAGAAUUUUUCUUUAACGUUUACAUCAACAAGGAGAAACGGCUGCAGCUGUCCAGAAUGUUGAACCUCACCGACAGACAAGUCAAAAUAUGGUUUCAAAAUCGUAGAAUGAAAGAAAAGAAAUUAAGCAGAGAUCGCUUGCAGUAUUUCUCUGGGAAUCCGUUGCUGUAAUUGUUGAAACGCGUUUCCUUUUAUUUUAUAUUUCAGCAAACACUAAAUACAUAUGUAUAAAUAUUCUCAAUCUACUUAAACUAUAAUAAUAGGGUGUUAUAAAGGACAGCAACAGUACUCAAGUGUUCUCAGCAUUUUCAGCCAUUGGAAACAGGAUAGAAAUGAUAGAAGGAGAGGAGAGGCAGAGAAAAAUAAUUUAAUAAGUGUCCAAUUAAACUGGCAUUUCUAGUUUGUGUUUCACUAACUGAAGUAAAAAAAAAAAAAUAUGUGCAUGUCACGUCUUUGACGUAAAAUUAUAAAAACCUUAAUUUGAAAAUGGUCACAAAAUAGCCUACUAUAAUAUAUUGUAACAUUUUACCGUUAUGCAUUUCUGUUUGUAUAUAUGUAAAUUAAAAAACACUUGACUCUGGCUCGAACCUGGAGAUGUCAUACAUUUUUACAUUUUCACCUUUUAGAACUGUGAAUUAUAAAAUCUGUAAUAAUCUAUUGCUUGUACAGAAAGUAUGCAAUGUGCAUUCGUGAAUGUAAAUAUAAUGUUAUUUUGAGUAUCAUCACCCUAUCCCUGCUGCUAUUUUUCUUUACAUUGCCUUUGCAACGUUAUGAGCUUUGUUAUUUGUUUCUUUAAAUUAUUUACAGUCUUGCUGUACGCCCGAAGUUCUCCUGUUUUAUGGAGGAAAAGCCCAGCUAUCAGAAUGGUCCUGCACAUAUUAAUCAGAAAUAAACACUAA